AUUUUCCCUUUCUAAAACAAUGAGAUGAGUUUGUUUUGGUGCUUUUUGUUUUUUUGUUUGUUAAUUAAAAGGUAAAUAAUGCUUAUUUCUGCUUCCUGUUUUCUUGGCUUGACUAAUUACUUUUAAUGGAGAACUCAAUUUAACUUUCUUCUUUUUUCUACUCUUUAAUUAAAGGGUAGUCCAUGAUGGUAAGUCAUAGAACUCUGCCCUCUGCACUUCAGCCCAUGACCUCAGGAUGGCCUGAUUGGCUGCCCUGCUCUCCAGCCAAUCCAGUGCAAGCUCUCAUCCGAGAUUCACUGAAGUGGUCCAUAUCCAUCUGGCAGCAUCUUCUAGUUCUGUCGGGGUGUCCAAAGGAUUUGUAUAUUUGUUUCUAGAAGUAACUAUUCAACAUGCCUGUGUAUUUAAUGUAUACCUGUAACUAUCAAAAUGAAUAGUUCAUUUUUGAUAGAUUUCUUGUUCAGAUAUUAUGAAUUAAAUGAUUUUUUUUGUUAGGAAUUUGACUAGAUUUCUAUUUUUAGUAUGUAUAGCAUGAAUUCUAUCAAAUGAAACUACAACUUGCAGCUUAAAAUGGGCAUCAUUCCCAUACUGGAUGAAUUUCUAGCUGCUGGGUUGUUGCAGGCAAUAAUAUUAGAAGUACUACUUCAUUCUUAAAAGACAUUGUUAACAUAAGCACUGUAGAACUUGGACUUCUGAGAUGCAGAUGUGUCAUUUGGAGUGCUGGCUUAUUUAAAGGUAAAACAAGGAGUUUGUGGUCCCGCCACAAAUACCGUCUCCGAGUCUGUUGAUGAUGUGCAGGAUUUAAAUGACGAUUUUUAUGUUCUGGAAUUAUGACUGCCCUACUUCUUUUGGACUCAGUAGAUAGUAGUAAUAUUAGCAGAGUCUGUUGAUUUUAUAAAAUGCAUGACAUUUUUAAUAUAUGUUCUAUAAAACAGCAGUUUUCAUGGAUAAGGAUUUUUAAGAAAUAGUCUUUAAUUUUAAUCUUUGAAACAAUUUGUAAAAUUUCUUCACUACUUUAGGAAUGUUGCGGGGAGGGUACACUCAAGAAGAGGUCCAGCAGUUUAACAACUGAAGUAGUUUAUUGCUUUUAUUAAUAAUUAGUCACAAAAAAGGUUUAUAAACAAGGCUGUUGUAUGUAUUUAUUGCUCUUCACUUCCGUACCUAGAUUUUCUGAAGUAGCUUAGUUUUCUUAAUAUAACUUGAUGAGUGGUUACUGAAAAUGCCUUUUUACCCGUCACAAUAUUUUGAAAGAACUUGGUUGACACUGCUUUUCAUUGUGGAUAAAGGAGAGAUGGUCAAUAAUUAAUGGCUCGAAGUAUUGUUGGAGUGGUUUAUCAUUUCUGAAAGUUGUGGUGUCUGAAUUGACUUUCAAAGCAUUGCUUUUCAGAUAAAUAUAUUUUCAAAACUUUAGAAGUAAGUUCUAUUUGGAAUAAUAAUAUGGAAUUAUUUUAAAGGACUUCGAUCAUAUAUACGAAAGUUGAAGAAUGAUUCUAGUGUUAAAUUCUUCUCUUGCUUUUUGAGUUAAGAAUUGUUACAUGCUAGAAUAUGAGGAUAUGAAUAUAAGUAUGAGAAGAAAAAAGAAUAAAGUAGAUUGAGUCUCCAAUUUUAUGUAAGCUUCAGAAGAACUGGUUUGUUUAUGUACAGAGCUUAUGGUUGAAAUAUUUUUCAGGAAUUAUAUGAAUGACAGUCUUCGAACCAAUGUGUUUGUUCGGUUUCAACCAGAGACUAUAGCAUGUGCUUGCAUCUACCUUGCAGCUAGAGCUCUUCAGAUUCCGUUGCCAACUCGUCCCCAUUGGUUUCUUCUCUUUGGUACUACCGAAGAGGAGAUCCAGGAAAUCUGCAUAGAAACGCUUAGGCUUUAUACCAGAAAAAAGCCGAACUAUGAAUUGCUGGAAAAGGAAGUAGAGAAGAGGAAAGUAGCCUUACAAGAAGCCAAAUUAAAAGCAAAGGGAUUGAAUCCUGAUGGAACUCCUGCCCUUUCAACCCUCGGUGGAUUUUCCCCAGCCUCUAAACCAUCCUCACCAAGAGAAGUAAAAACUGAAGAGAAGUCGCCAGUCUCUGUUAAUGUGAAGAUGGUCAAGAAAGAACCUGAGGAUAGACAACAGGCUUCCAAAAGCCCUUACAAUGGUGUAAGAAAAGACAGCAAGAGAAGUAGAAAUAGCAGAAGUGCCAGUCGAUCGAGGUCAAGGACGCGAUCACGCUCUAGAUCACACACUCCAAGAAGACAUUACAAUAAUAGGCGGAGUCGAUCUGGAACGUACAGCUCAAGAUCAAGAAGCAGGUCCCGCAGUCACAGUGAAAGCCCAAGAAGACAUCAUAAUCAUGGUUCUCCUCACCUUAAGGCCAAGCAUACCAGAGAUGAUUUAAAAAGUUCAAAUAGACAUGGUCAUAAAAGGAAAAAAUCUCGUUCUCGCUCUCAGAGCAAGUCUCGGGAUCACUCAGAUGCUGCCAAGAAACACAGGCACGAAAGGGGACAUCAUAGGGACAGGCGUGAGAGAUCUCGCUCCUUUGAGAGGUCCCACAAAGGCAAGCACCAUGGUGGCAGUCGCUCAGGACAUGGCAGGCACAGGCGCUGACCUUUGAGCAUGCAUCAGUUCCUGGUUUUGCCUAUCUCCAAUGUGAUGUAUGGACUCGUAAUCAAAACAUUAAAAGCAAACUGAUUAGGAUUUGAUUUCUUGAAACCCUCUAGGUCUCUAGAAACACUGAGGACAUUUUCUUUUGGAAAGAACUAUGUUAAUUUUUUUUUUUUUUCUUUUUGCACAUUAAAAUGCCCUAGCAGUAUCUAAUUGAAAACCAUGGUCAGGUUCAAUUGUACUUACUAUAGUUGUGUAUUGUUUAUUGCUAUAAGAACUGGAGCGUGAAUUCUGUAAAAAUGUAUCUUAUUUUUAUACAGAUAAAAUUGCAGACAUUGUUCUAUUUAAGUGGUUAUUUGUUUAAAUGAUGGUGAAUACUUUCUUAACACUGGUUUGUCUGCAUGUGUAAAGAUUUUUACAAGGAAAUAAAAUACAAAUCUUGUUUUUCUAAACUGCUUCAAAUACCUUAUUUAAAUAAAUUAUUAAAAACAGCAAAA